ACAAAAUCACACAAAAAACGCAGAAGGCAAAAAAACAUUCUGUAAAUGGUUGAAAUUCUCUGUGGAUUUCAACGGCUCUUGUGGGUAUCUGAAAGAUGUCGCAGAAGAGAGAGUUUGAAGAUGGCAAGGCUCGAGUUGAAGGCGGCUCAUCCGAGGAUAAGCGUCGAAGAUUCAAAAGUGUGGUUCAGGAGGUUAUGAGAUUGCAAACUGUCAAGCAUUUUCUCGAACCUGUUCUCGAGCCUUUGAUUCGUAAAGUGGUCAAAGAAGAAGUUGAACUGGCUCUUGGAAAGCAUCUAGCAGGCUUCAAGUGGAUUUGUGAGCAAGAGAUUCAUCCUUUGGAAUCAAGGAACCUGCAGUUAAAGUUCUUGAACAAUAUAUCGCUUCCUGUGUUUACUUCAGCUCGGAUAGAAGGAGAUGAAGGCCAAGCUAUAAGAGUUGGAUUAAUCGAUCCUUCAACUGGCCAAAUUGUCUCUUCUGGUCCUGCAUCAUCUGCGAAGCUCGAGAUUUUUGUUGUUGAGGGUUAUUUUAACAUUGAUAGUGACUGGACAGCUGAGGAUAUCAGGAAUAAUAUUGUAAGAGAGAGAGCAGGAAAGAAACCUCUACUCAGUGGGAAUGUUAUUGCUGUUCUUAACGAUGGCAUCGGUGUUAUGGAUGAAAUUUCAUUUACAGAUAAUUCUAGCUGGACUAGGAGCAGGAAGUUCAGACUUGGGGUGCGGAUGGUUGAGCAGUUUGAUUUUGUCAAAAUUAGAGAGGCAGUAACAGAGUCCUUUGUCGUAAGAGAUCAUCGAGGAGAGUUGUACAGAAAGCAUCAUCCUCCUUCUCUUUUCGAUGAAGUAUGGAGGUUGGAAAAGAUAGGAAAAGAUGGAGCAUUUCACAAACGACUGAAUUGGUCAAAUAUAAAGACUGUCAAGGAUUUCCUCACACAUUUCCAUUUGAACUCUUCUAAACUCCGGCAAGUUCUUGGUACGGGUAUGUCUUCAAAGAUGUGGGAAAUUACUUUGGAACAUGCUCGAUCGUGUGUUCUGGAUAGCAGCGUCCAUGUGUACCAAGCUCAUGGAUUUCAGAAGAAAACCGCUGUUGUCUUCAAUGUCGUAGCUCAAGUGCUUGGACUGCUCGUGGAUUUUCAGUAUAUUCCUACUGAGAAGUUAUCUGAGAUUGAAAAGGCUCAAGCCGAGGAGAUGGUAACUGUUGCAUUGAGUCACCUACAUGAAGUAUUGUCGUAUGAUGAUGAGAUAUCAAUGAUGAGGAACUUUCUUAAUGUCCAGGCUUCUCAAAGCAGUGUCGGGAUUGACUAUUCCGGUCUGAGUUUGACCAGUUUGGAAAGCUACGGUUUUGUGUCAAAUGAUCGCAACACAGCAGAAUGUAGUGGCCAGUACAGUGAUGAUGUUGACAUGGACGUAAUUCCACAGGGUUUAUAUGAAGACUACGAGAAUCUCUGGAAUUGCUCUCAGAUUCUAGGCCUAGAAGAACCGCAGUCAGAUUUGCACUGUGCGGUAGACGAUUUCAUGUCACAGAAGAAUGCUUCAGUGGGUAAGGCUCACAGCAGAAGAUGGACAAAGCUUUUCAGUGUCUCGAAAUGGCUCUCUGUUUUCAAGAAUGUAACAGUUAGGAAAAACCUGAAAUGAGUACACAGUAAAGAAAGAAGAAACAACAACUCGCCCUGGACAGAUUCGUGUAUAUAUAUAUACUCAGGGGAAGCUUGUGAAUCUCGGGUUUCUGAUAAGCCAGAGGCGUUCAAAAGUGUUUUCUUUCUUCUUCUUCUUCUUCUUCUUCUUAUUUUCUUUAUCUCCAUCUUUGUGUUAAAAGAUGUGAAUAUGUUUAGGACAGCUUCAUUUUUGUUGAAAGCUUAAAAAACAGGAUGGUCAGUACCACCAAAUGCAGAAGUAUGUUUCUUGGUUUGCCAGGUUAUGUGAAACUGAAUAAAUUGAAUAUUUUCUAAA